ACUCAUGAAAUAAAUUUAAGUAACUGCUUCUUCUUACGUUGAGCGAUGGGUUUUGUCCUCCUAUUUUCCUAUUUUGUUUCAACGUUUGCACACACCCGCCUACAGCCGUUUAAGAAAAUUAUUUGUAUUCAGUAGAUAUUGUUGCAAAAAAUAAUUUACAAUUCAAUAUAAUGAUUUUAACAUUUUCUACUCAUUAAAAGCAUGCGCAUAUUUAUUUACUAUUUAUUAUUGAACAGAUAUCGCAUGUUUACCACUCCCAGAGCAGCAUUUCCCCACCUAUGGCGAAGAAUGGUCCGCCGUUGUCAAUAGCAACCCACAAUAAAUAGAAUUUUCAUUCUCCAAAGUUGAAAGAUUUUUGAUCGCAGUUAGUUUUGUUUCAUACCAAUAGACGUAAUAACCCAAAAUACCCUCUCUGUAACUUCAAAAUUUUGUAUUCGAAAAGUUGAAAAAAGUGAUUAAAACGUUUCAAAAAAGGAAAAGUACGAUAAAGCCUGCCAGCAUGUCGGAAUCCAACGCACCAGAGUCAACCGAAUCAAUUUCCAUGCAUGAUUUUCUGGAGUUUCUGAAUGUAACGUGCCAAGUGAACGACUCGUUCAACAGUAGCAAGAAAAAUCCUCCCACCUUCGACUACAACCAACUGGCACGUAAUGAGCUGGUCAACAGUAUACAGCAAAACUCCCGUACGACCGGCGGAGGAAAACCGAUCGAACAUUCAUCAACAAUUUCCCCCGCCAAAUCCAUCACUGGAACGACAGGUGGCAAAAAGGACACCAAGCUGGAUGAUACCUCCUCCUCGCUGAGCACACGAUCGCCAGCGGAAAAGAAAUUACCGUCUAAAAAACGCACCAUUUCACAAAAAUCUCAAAAAAGUAAGCCCGAAACGGUCGAGGUACCGAAAAAUCGUCUGGAAGCUAUUUUGAACGAAAAAUUAGACGAAGUCCUUAACGAAGGCAUACUAGAUUCGGUAUUGCCCUUCAUUUGUCCGUCGAAUGGAUCCGGAUAUCAUCAUAAGAAUGGGACAGGACAGAAAUUAAAUGGCAACAACCCUCUGGGAGUGCAAUCGAUGAAUGCGUCCGCUUCGAUCGGGGUUGGUUGUUCCAGUGGUGGGAAAUCGGCUGCAAGUGGUGCCUCCUCGCCUGACACGCAAAGCGGCAGUAGCAGUAAAAAGUCUACGCUUUCCGCUGUGGGAGAUGUUUCACAAAACUUUCUCAUCGCUAGCAGCUCUACCAAAACAGGCGUACGGAGAAAAUCAUCGAUCGCACAGAUAGCCAUUCCAGACAGCCGUGCAGAACCGGAAGUCGUUAUUCACGUUUGUGACGAGGUGAAAGGAUCGUCCAGGGAUUUUUCCUGUCCCCAGAAAUUGCUCAUUACCAAGAUGGGCUACUUUGCGGACGUGACUGCCGGUCAGCGACUUGAGGAUAUGGACAUUUCGGUGCAUUGCGAUCUGCAAAUUUUCGAAUGGCUCAUGAAGUGGGUUAAAAAAGAAUCGAUGGCCACGGAUGAAUGGCCAGCUUUAGAUCCUACCAACGUAAUUCCAAUACUGGUAUCGGCUAGCUUCCUGCAGAUGGAACCGUUGCUGCUCGAUUGCCUUUCGUUCUGUCACGCUCGACUUAACGAAGUCGUGAAGGCUUCCGCAAAUCUGGCCUGCCUGAACGACAGUAUCAUCACGCGGCUAGCGGCCAUGUUUACUAAUCUCGAGUUAGAGGUAGUAAAGGAUAAGAAAGAUCGCAUUGCACCGCGUCUCUGGACCAAACUGAUCCAAAGUCUGUGCGACAUUGAACCACAGGCGCUGCGUGGUCACUACGCAACGCUGGUCGGCAUGUUCCGGUGUUUAAAGUGCGGUAAGUUUCUUACGCAAACGGUCAGCACAUACAUUCACUGUCUGCCGCAGAACUUUCGAUUGAAUCGUUGGGGCCAGCUGAUCAGUGCACAUGUGAAGGAUCCCUCUUGGAACAUUACCAACUAUGUGUCCAGCUUGCAUAAAGAGUUGCGCUCCUGGCGGAAGGUUUAUUGGCGUCUCUGGGGACAUUGCCAUUUCCUGUACUGCUCGAUAUGUGACACCCACUUCCCGGUGAGCCAGAUGAUGUGGUGCCAGUAUCAUCCCGAGCAACCGCAAUUCCUUGGCCCAGCGGCAGAGGGCCGUGUGGCGGGCCCUGCUGGACGUUAUCCAUGUUGUGGAAAGCAAGCCUACCGGUACGAAGCAUUGCCAGGACCUUCGGGUUGCCAGUUUCGUGAACAUACCGUACAGGUGGACACCGACCGUGAUCGCGCAGUUUUGCAGCUUGCCCUGCACGCCUCCGAAGGUGGCUGCCUUUACGAACAGCCACCCUUUAAGCCGCCAAACACGUCCGCCGAUCCCUGGUGGAGCGGAAUUGGCAUACUUCCGCAUCGCUCCCGCCAGGGACUACUGCCCACGUUCCACGUGGACGGCGAUGCAAUGGUCAAUCACCAUCACCACCAUCGCUCCAAUCGCCAGAUGUCCCAGUCGGUAAUGGAUACGGAAAGUGAAUCGGACUCGGAUGAGUACGACAAAUCCGGCACUAAUCAGAGCCGCAGCACUAGCAGCAGCUCCGACGGUGAGGAAUCGGAGUACAGCAGUCCUCCAUCGUUUCAACAUCAGCAGCAGCAGCAACAGCAAGCACACCAACACCCACAGCAGCCAAAGGAUGCCAAGCGAAAGUUGAAACUAUCGUACGGCAGGCACUGGGCGGGAGACAUGUCCGCGCGCAGCAAUCAGGACAACCAGCGAGAAUUUGAGGAACGCGCCAUGAAACAGAUCAUUUCGAUGGUUGGCAAGCGGACAGGCGGUGAGCAAUAUUCACAAUACCAGACUUACCAGCAAGGUGGAACGUACAUUAAGCUCGAAACCGAUUGGCGAGAGUCGAUAAAGCAAAAAAACCUUGCUAGUCUUAAGGUAAAAUCGAACGGAACGAAAUGAUUGCUAUUAAUAGAUUUACGUGAUAAAUCCUUAGAAAAAUCGUACUAACUUAACUCUGGCACGGUAGAAAAGUGGUAGAUUUGAAACGAUCUUUUUUGUUUUACUUUAUUUGCAGCCAUAAUAAUUUCUCUUUGCCAAGUAUUUUCUUUACGAACGGAAUGGAAUGAGCGAAUAACUCAGUUGCUGCUAACUUGUUUUCAAAAGAGUCGAGCUUUGUGUGUUGUUGGAUUGGUUUAUUUCUUUUUCUACCAAACGUGUGCACUAGGUUUCUGUACAACCCCAGGAAGGAUUACGGCAUUGAAAAAGUGUUUUUAGCUUUAUCGAUUUUCAUUCACAGUUCUCUUUACUGUGCUCCUUUCCAUACGUUCAUACUAACAACCACUAAUAGUUAUCUUUGCACCAACGCAAUAUAAUUUAAGCUGUCUUUUCACGUUGUAAGCCAUGUAUUGCUCAUUUGCUUGGUUUCGAUCCAUUCUUUUAUGAUAGUAUAGUAUACAUACAUU